GUGACGUCACAAUUGCGCUAUUAAAGCGAUAAGUUCGAAUAUACCAAAACAAAUCUAAAUCGAUAACUCGAUAACAUUCUUUUGCUUGCUGCUAUGCAUUGCACAGAAUUAUUUUGGCGCCAUGCUGGAGCCUGGAGUAAUCAAGAAACUGGAUGAAGUCGUUGUCAAUCGCAUAGCAGCUGGUGAAAUUAUCCAACGACCAGCCAACGCCCUCAAAGAACUUCUAGAGAACAGCCUGGAUGCUAAAUCUACGCAUAUUCAGGUAAACAUUAAAGCCGGUGGCCUCAAAUUGCUGCAAAUUCAGGACAAUGGCACAGGCAUACGCAAGGAGGAUCUGUCCAUUGUCUGCGAGCGCUUCACCACCUCCAAGCUUAGCAAGUUCGAGGAUCUCACCGAAAUCGCAACUUUCGGAUUUCGUGGCGAAGCUCUCGCCAGCAUCAGCCAUGUGGCCCAUUUGACCAUCCAGACGAAGACGGCGAACGAACGUUGUGGCUACAAGGCCAACUACUCGGAUGGCAAACUGUUGGGCACGGCCAAGCCAUGUGCUGGCAAUCAGGGCACUAUCAUCAGCAUUGAGGAUCUGUUCUACUCGAUGCCACAGCGACGCCAAGCGCUCAAAUCCCCGGCCGAAGAGUUCCAAAAGAUAUCCGAUGUGCUCGCCAAAUACGCGGUGCACAAUCCCCAAGUAGGAUUCGUGCUGCGCAAACAGGGCGAACAGCCUGCUCUGAAGACGCAGGCGAACAGCACUCGGAGCGAGAAUAUUCGCGCCAUUUAUGGUGCUGCCAUUGCCAAGGAGCUGAUGGAGUUGAGCUACAAAGAUGAUAUGUUCAAAUUCGAGCUGGAAUGCCAGCUAACCCAGGUGAACUAUGCGGAAAAGAAGGCGAUAAUGCUGCUGUUCAUCAAUCAUCGCUUGGUCGAGUCAGCGGCACUUAAGACCGCGGUGGAUGCGGUGUACUCCACCUACUUGCCGCGUGGUCAGCAUCCCUUUGUCUACAUGAGCCUCACAAUGCCAGCACACAAUCUGGACGUCAAUGUGCAUCCCACCAAGCACGAGGUGCACUUCCUCUACCAGGACGAGAUCAUUGAGCGCAUCAAGCAGCAGCUGGAGGCGCAGCUGCUGGGCAGCAAUACCACCAGAAGCUUCUACAAGCAGCUCAAGCUGCCCGGCACCUCGCAGCUGGAGGACACCCAAGUAAUGGACAAAACCCAACGAAUCUACGAGAAGGAAAUGGUGCGCACCGAUUCUACGGAGCAAAAGCUGGACAAGUUUUUCAAGCCGCUGGAAAAAGCCGAUUCGGGUUCCAGCUGCGAAACACCAACAACUUCACAAGAAGAAAGUUUCCGGGUGAUUGCAGCACGCAAAUCAAAAGAGGUGCGACUCUCCAGCGUGCUGGACAUGCAGCAGCGCAUCGAGCGCAAGUGCCAAGUCCAACUGCGCGGCAUCUUCAAGCAGCUCGUCUAUGUGGGCUGUGUGGAUGAGCGACGCGCCAUCUUUCAGCACGAAACGCGUCUCUACAUGUGCAACACGGUCGCGUUCAGCGAGGAGCUGUAUUACCAACGAUUGGUCUUCGAGUUCCAGAACUGCAGCGAGAUUAGCGUGGUGCCGCCGCUUCCCCUGGAGCAGCUGCUGCUCAUAGCGCUCAACAGUCAAGCCGCUGGCUGGGAGCCCGAGGAUGGCGACAAAUCUGAGCUAGCCGCCAAUGCCGCUUCCAUUCUGCAGCAAAAGGCGCCCAUAAUGCGAGAGUAUUUCGCACUGCGCAUCUCGGAGGAUGGCCUAUUGGAAUCCCUGCCUGCCCUGCUGCCCCAGCAUAUGCCCAGUCGUGCCCAAUUGCCCGUCUAUCUGCUGCGCCUGGCCACCGAGGUGGAGUGGGACCUGGAGGCGGAAUGCUUUGAGAGUUUCUGUCGGGAGACGGCGCGUUAUUAUGCGCAGCUCGAUUGGCAGGAUGAUGGCGACAUGCGCGACCAACACUGGCACAUGGAGCAUGUCCUCUUUCCUGGCUUCAAGAAGUAUCUGUUGCCGCCAGAGCGACUCAAGCGCGAGCUCUAUGAGCUCACCAACUUGCCAACGCUCUACAAGGUGUUUGAACGGUGCUGAGACUUUGGUUCAGAACUUCCCUU